CCUCUGCCUCCCGGUACUGCUGGCAGCCCAGCGGUGCUGCGGGAGGCCGUGGAGGCCGUGGUGAGGAGCUUUGCCAAGCACACGCAGGGCUAUGGCCGAGUGAAUGUGGUGGAGGCACUUCAGGAAUUCUGGCAGAUGAAGCAGUCACGUGGGGCUGACUUGAAGAAUGGGGCUCUAGUGGUUUAUGAGAUGGUUCCCUCCAACAGCCCUCCCUAUGUCUGCUAUGUCACCCUGCCUGGGGGAAGUUGCUUUGGGAGUUUCCAGUUUUGCCCCACAAAAGCUGAGGCUCGGCGGAGUGCUGCAAAGAUUGCUUUAAUGAACUCCGUGUUUAAUGAACAUCCUUCUCGGAGAAUCACUGAUGAGUUCAUUGAGAAGAGUGUCUCCGAGGCCCUGGCAUCUUUUAAUGGCAACAGGGAGGAAGCUGACAACCCAAAUACAGGGAUUGGUGCCUUCCGAUUCAUGUUGGAAUCUAACAAGGGCAAGUCAAUGUUGGAAUUCCAGGAGUUAAUGACAGUUUUUCAACUGCUUCACUGGAACGGCAGCCUUAAGGCCAUGAGGGAAAGACAGUGCUCCAGGCAGGAGGUGUUGGCUCAUUAUUCUCACCGGGCCCUGGAUGAUGAUAUUCGCCACCAAAUGGCCUUGGACUGGGUGAGCCGGGAGCAGACUGUGCCAGGGGCACUGUCUAGAGAGCUGGCCUCCACUGAGCAGGAGCUGGAUGAAGCCCGGCUGGCCGGCAAGGAGCUGCGCUUCCACAAGGAGAAGAAAGACAUCCUCAUGCUGGCUGCCGGGCAGUUGGGCAAUAUGCAUUCUCCUAACUGCUAGGCACCUGCAAACCCCAUCCUUGCCACGCCCUGUUUUGUAUCCCCUUUCUAAGACUUAGGAUGAUUUCUGUACAUACUUUCUCAAUUUUAUACUUUAAAAUAUAGAUAUAUAUAUAUAUGUAUAAAUUCUACACCUGGGUUCUUAUUUGCUAAGAGAUCCCUUUUUUUACUUCCAGUUUUAGAUCUAGUUUCAUUUGAAACAUCUCCAUUCCACUUGAUGAGAAAGAGUAGGCUUUCUUUGGAGUCUUGGUGGCUUUUCAGCUUCCAGAUUAACUCUGUGUGGUCAUUUCGGUAGCACAAUAUGAUUAAAUGUUCUUUUAAAA